UGUUAUAAUAUAUUCACAUCUAUCAUGUGUUCGACGCAAUGUCUCUGAGGGCCUUAUCAUGCUCCUUUCUUUCCUUUUUCUUUUUUUUUUAGGGUUAAGCAUAACUUUGUCAAGAAUUUUGUUUAUGUAAAUGAAAUAAAUGAAUUAAUGUGUUUACUAUCUUAAAAAGAGAAUCUAAACGCAAUGUCAUUAGUGCAUGUUAAGUGCCUGUUUCUAACGGCCUUCCGUGGAAGAAUUGGAAGAAACUGUGUUAGGAACAGCUCCAAAUGGAAUUUUUAAUGCAUCUAUCUCAAAUGCCUAGUUAGCAAGUCCUUAUAUUCUUAACCAAAUUCACAAAUAAACUGAUUUGAGUCCUCAAAGAAUUGACAAUGAACUUGCCUGUUAUGAAAGUGUACUAGGAAGUUAUAUUUUGCAAGAAUUAGUACAAAAGCGGGAUUUUGUAGGGUAACAAUCAUUGCCUUCUAAUGAAGUUAUGGUCCAUUGAUUCUACAUUUUUUUUAUUAACCUGCUUUGAAUUCUAAGUCAUAAUAGGUAAAGUUAUAGCUUUUGUUUACUAUAUUUAUUUAUGUGCCAGGUUAGAGUACCAUUGCUUCUACCUUUCUCUCCUUUCUUUUUUAAUUCUAUUUUAUUCCGGAUCUGUCUUUUUCCCAUGUUAAUUUUUGUUGUUUCAAAGUAGGCAAUAUUUUCAACCAUUGCUCAUCUUAUAUUCAUUAUUGUUUUAGAAGCCUGUCGAAGUAAAUGCUGAAACGAAACAGGAUUUGAGAAGUUUUAAGCUUAUAUUGGAAUAUAUAAAAGCCUUGCCUGAGGGUCAAAUAAUAAUGCUUUUCAAAUGCAAGCGGAGAUUCAAUUGCUUUCGCCACUCGUUCCUGUUCAUCAAUUGAGCUUCCUCAGGUUGCUGGUCCAUCAUGGGCACCCUUUGCUUCUUAGAUCACUGGUUGAUAUAUGAUCACCAGCAUCACAUGGGCCUUCUCAUAAUGGAGAGAAGGGAAUUGGCUUCCAAGUAUGAGCAAGUUAAGACCUUGGCUGAGUCUUCUGAGUUAAUGCAUAAACAUGAUUCAGCCAUGACUAAAUCUGCUUUAACUGAAGCACGACAACGCGAAGAAAGUUUGAAGAAGACAGUCAGAGGCGAACUCGCAGUUAGAAAUUCAACUAAACUUUUUGAGUAAAUUAGCAAAGGAACAAUGGGAUGCAUAUAAAUCUGUGAUUGAUAGCUGCAACAAGCUCAGAUCAGAAAAGAUGUUGAAAAUGCAAUUCUCACAGUGGAUAGAGCAAGCUUCUGAACCCAACAAGGAAGCAGUUAUUAAAGCAUUGCUAGGUGCAAAAGAAGCUAUGCUUGGGAUUAGAUAUCAUAUGCGCCUAAUGGGUGAGGCUGCAGGUGUUCCUAUUGAACCAGAACCACAAACAAAACUUUUAGAUGCUACACUGAACUUGGAAGGAGUGUUGUUGGCUGGAGUUCCAGGAGCAGGAGGAUUUGAUGCUGUCUUUGCUGUUACUUUUGGAGAUUCAAGCAGCAAUGUGAUGAAAACAUGGAGCUCACUCAAUGUUCUUGCCCUUCUGGUUAAAGAAGAUCCUUGUGGCGUUUCUUUAGAAAGUGUUGACCCUAGAACAAAUGAAAUCACUUCAGCUGUAUCUUCAAUUCAUAUUGAAUAAUUUUUUGUAAAUAUUGUUUAUUUUUAA